UUUAAGGUGUGGCUCGUUCUUAGCAAAUUUUUAGAUUACUUGUUUUCGACUUGUUCUCAUCUAGUCUCGCCUAGUUCUAAUCUUGUUCUCAUCUUGUAAUGGCCUCCAUCAUGAUCACAGAUACCACCGUUCUUGAUAUUACACAUCUUCAAUUAGUUCUGUCUAAGUUAAAACAUUUUUCUAAAGCCAAAUGGAAGGACUUUGGUCUUAAGUGUGGCCUUUACCACAACACAUUAGAAGCAAUACAAGCUAAUAAUGCUGGUAAACCUAGACCUGCUGAAGAAUGCUUCAGGGACUGUGUUGCUCGCUGGCUGAGGAGAGAGGAUAAUGUUAAUGAAGAAGGUGAACCAACUUUACAGAGAUUGGCUGAUAUAGUGGAAAACAUCAAGUGUGAGGAUAAUCAUAAAAAGCUUGUGCCUGAUACUCCUGCACAAAAUUUCACGAUAUUAUGGUGGAUCAUUUUACCAGUGUCAGUAGUUGUAGCAAUAAUUUCAAUUAUAGUAAUAUUAAUGCAUGCAUCAUCAAGUACAACAGCAAUUGAUGAAUAUGCAUUCGAAUUACGUGAUGAAUAUAAUGAGAAUCUGACAAGGUUUAGAGAUCCAGAUGAGAAUAAAUUCCCAGCUGCUGGUCCAUCUUUUCAUGAUUAUGUCCCUUUUAUACCUUUGAAAUUAAUCAAGGUGGAAAGACACAGUACAGAAAAUGCAGAAUUCUUUAAAAAAGCUUCUGUUGAACAAAUAUUAGAAAAAUUUGAAAGUAUAGAAAUUCACCAUAUUUUGAAACCACUAAAAGAUAAACAGCUAAGAUUUGUAUUAAUUGAAGGAGAGCCUGGCAUAGGAAAGAGCACAUUAGCUAAAGAACUAACAUUGCGAUGGGUUAGACAAACAGAUGAAUAUUUAAACAAUUUUAAAGUUGUCAUUUUUAUUGCAUUGCGCCAUGAAACUUAUCAAAAAGCCAAAACUUUUGAAGACCUUCUCAUUGAUGUUGAAGAUAUUAAUAUGACUGAAAUAGCACUAUCAAUCAAGAAAACAAAAGGAGCAGGUGUACUUUGGGUAUUAGAUGGUUUUGAUGAGCUUCCACAUCAAUUAAGAAGCAAUUCAACUUCAAUAUUCAUUAAACUUAUAAAAGGAGACAUUCUUCGCAAGUCAACAAAGAUAGUUAUAACCAGACAUGCUGCUAGUUUCCCUCUGUAUACUUAUUUAGAACAUAAUUCAAAAAGUCUUUAUAUUGUAGGCUUUAGCCCAAAUGAAACCAGAAAAUAUGCUACAAAAUAUUUUGAAAGUAAUAAAACAUUAGCUGACGAAUUUCAGUCUUACUAUAAUCGCAAUACUAUGGUUGAGAGUAUGCUAUACAAUCCAAUGAAUUGCUUCAUAAUGUGUACAGUUUUUAAUGAUUUUAUACGAACUGAUAACAAAAAAUAUCCAAGAACAAUGACAGAAAUUUAUAAUCAUUAUGUUUGUAUAUUACUCAAACGACACCUCAUUGAUAAGAAAGUAAUUGAAAUACGCUAUAAAAUGCCUCGACAUUUAAUAUGCAAAAUGGACUUUAGUAUUUCUGAAUUAGCUCAAUCCAGUACUUGGAAUCAAUUCUAUUUUCUCUCUGAAAUAGCUUACAAUGGCUCAAUGAGACAGGAAUAUAUUUUUAAAAAUGAGUUUCAUAACUUGAGUAUGAUCACUCUUGGUAUGAUGGACACUAAUAUUGGCUUCGCUGGGUUCGAUGAAGAUGAAUUCAGCAGUUUUAUACACACUACACUACAAGAAUACUUUGCAGCAAUUUAUCUUGUCAAUAAUCCAGACUUCAUGUUUACUAUAGAAGACUUAAAGCAAAACUCAAAUCUUGAAGUUGUUCUUACUUUCUACGUUGGAUUAUUGAAAUUACUUGAAAGAAAAGUUGAUAAUGAAACAAUGAAUAUAAUACUGAAUCAUGACGAUGACAUAUUAAACUAUAUCGAAAAAGUGUCAAAACAUCAUAAUGAGAUAGAUAGCCACAUUACUGAAAUAAAGAACCAUUUAAUCAAUGGAAUGGCCUGUAAAGAUGCGGAAAGUGACAUAACACCAUAUAUUCAGCUUACAAGUUUAAUGCUCAGGUGCAUGUAUGAACAAGAUUCACUAUUACAAAAUAGAGGCUAUAUUCUUAAAAAAUAUUUGUUGUCACACUAUAUUCAAAGGAGUAAGUCUAAAUCAACACAAGUAUAUUUACACAUAAAGGAUUUUGAUUAUUUUAUUUGUGGCUAUAUUGUUGCUACUCACAAUAUUACACUACAGUUUGAACCUUUCAGCUCAUCUGAAAUAAUAGCUUUUAAGAAAGGGCUCCAAUCCCACCCCUCUGUCAAUGGAAAGAUAAAAAUUAGAAUUUACAAUACUUCUAUUGAGGGCAUGAUCACAGAACUACUUACUAUACCAAUUGAUAUGGUAACAGGACUACAAUUAGCUACAAACGAUAACGUCUCAGCUUGCCAAAUAAUUUCAAAAUUUUCAUCAUUGCAAGAAAUUACUUUUCCAUUUUUUAAUAACUUGCACUGUAAUUCAGUCAUAUCAAAGCAUCCUUUACUGAAACUUAAAAAGCUAAAAAAGCUGAUAGUAAGAAUUGAAAAAGCAAGUAAAAAUGCCUUUGAGUUACUAAAACAAUUUACUGCUCGUGGACAACCUCUUAAACGACUACACAUAUGUGUAGUGGGUGCUGAGAAUAUACAGAUUUUGAAUUUAAUUGAAAUGCAGUUCUCAUUGGAAGUACUGAGAAUUGAAGUAUCAGUUUUGAGUUUAAAUCCUAGGUCAUGGGGACUUGCAUUUAAUUUUCAAUACCUAAAAGAACUUAAUGUCAAGCUGAAAUUCAUUUGGUGUAAAAGCAAUAACAGUUUAAAAGUUAAUGAUAAUGAACUGCUUGCUGAAUACAUAGGCGUCAGCAAAAUACAGUUGAAUUCUUACACCUCAUUUAUACAUUACAGAGACAGAAUUGUUGCAGCUACAAUAUACUCGAGCUCUGAACCAGUGACUUCUGAUCUAAGUGAUUUUAUUAAGUAUUUCCGUAGCUACAGAUCUUUUUUGAAGACUAAAAGGCUUACAGCUAAAGAUUUAAAUCGUAAUUUAAAAACUCGAAUAAACAAAUUUAUUUAUGCUAUGAUUUCGCCAUCAACAGAUCAAAACCAAUUUGUCUCCUUUUUCUAAAAUUUUGUUUUUAAAAGUCCUAUUAGAUGAUUGUAAAUUUAAUCAACUUAAAAAAAUUAUUGCUAAACUGUUAGCCUGAAUCAGGCUGAAUGAACCUCACUUCAGAUUCAAAAAUUCCAAUUAAUGAAUUAAUGGAUGAUACAAUCUCACUAAUAACAGAUCAAAACUAUUUUUAUAUUAUUUUUAUUAUGGUACUAGCCAUGCAUAAAAUUUACUUUAUUUUGAUUAUUACUACUAUAGUUUAUGAACCUUGCUUCUUACUAAGUGUCUCUGUGUUUAUUAUUAACAUUAAUUAUAUAGUAUGUAAACUAGUAAUGUUUUUAUAUUAAUGUUAUUAAUAUUUUGUCUUAAUGUUGCUUUCAAUGUACUCCAUGAGUUAUCAGGGAGGGAAUCUGGAGGAAGGGAGAGAGAGGGAGGA